AUGCCUCCCCUCAACCAUCCCACUCCCACCCCCACCCCAAAGCCCACUCUUUCCGGCAGAGCCCUCUCCCCCCGAGUCUACGUCACCGUAACCUCCUCUUCCACCUCUUCCGCAGGAGAAGCCACAUCCAGCGGUAUCCUCGCCCAAGCCGUCGCAACGACCCAUCUAUCAUGGUGGCAACUCCUAGCGCUCAUCCUCGGGUCCGUCCUCGCUGUUUCAGUAGGUGUCUGGCUCUGGUGGCGGCACCGCAAAAAGGUCCGAGCGGAUGUGGUGAAGAAGAAGAAGGAGAUUGAGGAGCGGGAGAAGGCGAGGAUAGAGGGGGAUAAGGAGAGGGAGUUGGAGGAGAAGAUGAAAGCUAUGAAAGGCAAAGGCAGGGGGAAGAAAGAGAGGGGUAAAGGGAGGAAAAAGAGAGAAGAGAGUGAGGAUAGUGAAGAUGAGAGCGAAGACUGGAGUGACAGUGGGAGUGAGAGUGAUGAUUCUGUUUCAGAUGGGGGCACCCUCUACCGUUCGAGAACACGGCGAAGAAGAUACAGAGCAAGACCAAGCAGACGCGACCGCUACAGACAUAGGCGAAGGCGGUAUAGCGAUACAGAAACGGACUGGUCUGACGAGACGUAUUACCCCCGCCGACAUCGGUAUCGCGAUGUAUAUAGAGACGACCGGUAUUACGACCCUCCUCCAGCUCGACGUCCACCACCCCAGGAACCUGCUUCAAAACCACCACGCAGUUUCCGUGAUUCCGUCUUUUCGUCUUACAACUCUAUGAAGAAGGCGGCCGUGAGGCUCAAGUAUGUCGAAGCGAAAGUCAAGCUGAAGAAACAGCUCGAGGAGGAGGAGAGUUUGGAGAAGGCGAGGAGGGACAAGGUGAAAGAGGCGAAUAAGGAGAUUGAGGAGGAGAAGAAAUGGGAGAGUGGGUUAAGGAAAGGGAGUGGUGACAGAGCUUCUGAUCCCGGCAGCAAACAGAAGUACAAACCAUUCCUCUUCAACAUCCAGUACCCUUCCAGUCCCACCCGACCGCAACCGCGAACGUCAACGUCAACGGCAAAAUCGGCAAAAUCGUCAAUCGGCCUUCCGCGGUGGUGGAUCUCUCGACACCCUCGCCCGCCCCCCUCCAUCUUACCCUUCGCAGAAUGUGAAUGGAAGACAACUCUAUCCGCCGAAGAUAACACUAUUGAUACCAUCCGCCCAGGCCCGGGAGCGGGGAGAAAGGAUACGGGAGAGCUAGGGGAUGAGAUCUCGCAUCUCCUUGGCAACUCCAACUCUGGUUCCAGUUCGGGAUCAGGAAGGUCACCGGUAACGAGAAGACAGGAGACGAUACCCCCGCCUCCAGCUCAAGCCCAGGCCCAGCCUCCGGCACCCGGGCAAGGCCAAGGACAAGGCCAUGGACAAGGUAUAAUGGCCUGGUUCCAACGUCAACCCGCCCAACCCCGACCAUCCCCCGACCUCCGAAUUCCGCUCCCCCGAGCUUCAACCCCACCAGCCAUCCCAAGCGUCCCCGAAACAGCCAAAACGUCACCCGUCUACCUGGACGUAACAGAGCCGAGGGAUAGACCGAUGAUUCCGAGGGGAGGGUUGGCGCCUGCGCCUGCGGGGAGGGGGAGGAAAGGGAUGAGUCCGGGUGUACCGGACAUACCAAGUGUGCCGAGGGUACCGAAGAUGACUGAGCCUGCAAAUGCGGUUCUGGGAAGCAGGGUCCCUGGGGCAGGGGCAGGCGAAGGGGGUGGUGGGGGCGGAGGAGGGGCUGGGAGUAUGGCGGGAGUAGGAGCUGGGGGUGGGAAGUGGGCUAAUAGACUGAGGGCGAGGUGA